UCCAUACUUAAAAACAAUAUAUUGCUAGCUGGAUUCCUCCAUCCAUGAGGAGUUAAUAUAGUUGUGUUUGCAUUUUGAAGCAAAACACAUUUCAGAAACAAGGAGUAGUAAUAAAGGAACAUGGAUCACAAAGAAAUUCAUGUGAACUUGAGAGAAGACAUGGUAACUGAAGAGACGAGGAAACUCAUCUGUUCACUUCCUAAAGACAAAGAUUCUCAAGGGAAUCUCUGCAAGUACCAAGGAUGUUGGUAUUACUACAACACUCUCCAAGCAGUCAUCAACUUCCAGAAGAGUUUCCAGCCACAAGACACCGAUAUAAUCCUCGCUUCUUUCCCAAAGUCAGGCACAACUUGGCUCAAGGCACUCACGGUAGCACUCUUGGAGAGAUCUAAGCAUGAAGAUGAUCCGCUGAACCAUCCAUUGUUAUCCAACAAUCCUCAUGCCUUAGUACCAUUAUUGGAGAGCUCAACACCGGACCUAACCAAGUUCUUACCAUCAUCGUCUACUAGGCUGUUUUCAACUCACAUGCCUUUUCACACCGUGAAAGAAGGUCUCAAGGGUUAUCCUUGCAAGAUUGUGUUCAUAUGCAGGAACGCAAAGGACGAGUUGAUAUCUAGGUGGUAUUUCAGGUGCAAGUAUGAGAAUGUUGAAGUAACUAGAAGCAUUCUUGAGUCGAUGUGUGAGUCCUUGUGCAGAGGAUCCACCUUCUACGGUCCCAUUUGGGACCAUGUCCUGAGCUAUUGGAGAGGCAGCUUGAAAGAUCCGAGUCAUGUCCUUUUCAUGAAGUAUGAGGAAAUAAAAGAAGAGCCUUAUGCUCAGCUCAAGAGACUUGCGGAAUUCAUAGGUUGUCCUUUCACCGAGGAAGAAGAAGAGAGUGGAACUGUGAACAAGAUCGUGGAGCUCUGCUCCCUGCGUAGUCUUAGCGACUUGGAGGCCAACAAGACUGGAAAAACCCUUAACGGCGUGGAUUACAAGUUCUUUUUCCGAAAAGGAGAAGUCGGGGACUGGAAAAAUCACCUCACUCCGGAAAUGAAGAGCAGGAUCGAUAUGAUCAUUGAGGAGAAACUGAGAGGUUCAGGCUUGAGUUUCUAAGAGUAUUUGUAUCAUAUGUUGUUGUGUUUCUAUUAUGAACUUAAUAAGAUUUUCACAUUGUUACUCUGGUUAGAUGACCAACAUUCUCUGAUUCUCUUCAGCUGCUGCAUUAACGUCUUUUAUAAUGAGUUAUCUCUUUCCUGGAAACUCUAGUCAAGGUCCGUUUUAUGCUUUGAAAAUGUUUUGGAAACACGAUGAAAACUUGUGUUUCUGAUUACUCGCGAUUUUGAAUGAAAAUGCGAAAGAAAUAACUAUUUGCCA